AAUUUAAUUAAUAUAUAUUUACUUCUGCUUAUAUAGGAGGAGUUCUAUCAUAAGUUUCCUUUUAUUUUCUUGUCUGUGUUUUCUUUAUUAAUUUGAGAUUUAUUUCUGUUUUUCAGUCGCUUUUUUAGAUUCAUGCAUUAUCAUCAGAUUUCCAUUGAUUUCAUUUGCCUGCUUGUUGAGCAUGUGAUUUUUAGCUAGCUGUUCUGCUUUUCUCUUUAUUUUUAAUUUGAACUUAGCGCACUUGGAUAAAGAAUCUUUAGGUGAUCUUUAUUUUGACAUUAUUUAAUUGCCUUUUUUAUUUCUUCUUCUUUUGUGGGAGCGUGUUCGUAUUUUGGGGAUAUUACCAAAUUUAUGAUCAUACUGUUAUAUGAAUUUAUUCAUAUUUCAUGUGAACAUGCGGCAAUUAUGUUAGAAGAUUGGUUUUUGAUGACUUUUAAUUUAAUUUUUGCGUCACUCGGCAGACCGUCUGUGCAGCAAGUUAAACAAGUUGGUUGAAUGUGGUUUGUUUGGAUAACAUGGAGCAAGUAGGGGAGGAAUUGUCUGCAAAUGAUAUACAUGGGAAUGCUCAACUUAAAAGAACAGAACAUAAUCUCUCCUUAAAAUUAGAGGGUCAUAAUAUAUUAGAAUCACCGAUUAUUUGUUCAUCUGUGACUGUGAGGGAAGGUUGGCCAGAGAGUUCAAUCCAUAAUUUUACCAAUACCAUAGAGCCUUCUUUGGCUGGAUCUCAGCCACCUUGCAUUAGCCCUCGUUCUAUGAAUGAAAGGCUUGCAGUGGUUGAAGAGUUGACAGUGAGAAAUUAUAUGACAGAGAACUCAGCUAUAGUUAGUAGUCCAUACAGUUCAAGGCAGGGCCAGUGGCUGCAACCACAUCUUUUAGCAAGUGGGUCUGGAUAUAAGGGUUUGCAUGGAGAUUCUACUUCCCGAGAAAAAGAUCGAAUAUUGUUAAGAGUCAGAGAGCAGUUUAUGAAGAUGCCUUUUGAUAUACGAAGUCCUAAGUAUUUGUUAAGAAAGCAAAUUGAUACAGUGCCAGCGGAAGUUUCUCCAUAUAUAAGGGCAAGAGACAACAUGAUUGUCUCAAGCAAUACAGCACCAUUUGGGAAUACUAAAUUGAAAACCUUAUCUACAGAUACACCUGGCUUUUUGCAGUUGCAUGUGAAAAAAUAUUUGAAGGGAAAGGGGGUUAUUAACAGAAAUCCAGACGCUCUAAGAGACCUUGGCAGUGCAGUUGUGAGGCAGAAUGAUGAAAAACUUGGUUGUCUAUCUUCAAAGGUUGCUUCUGAUUCAUUAUUUAAUUUUUCUGCCAAUUUUGACAAAAUUUAUUCCCAUGGGGUUAAUAGAUUUAGUCAUGAAUCUUUACAUGGUGGAAUCUGUUUGAGACAGUGGCUGAAAUUGAGGAGUCAGAAUGGAGAGAAGGUUGAAAGUCUGCAUAUAUUUAGGCAGAUUGUGGAGUUAGUGGAUUCUGCACACUCUCAAGGCAUUGCCUUGCAAGACUUACGACCAUCCUAUUUCUAUUUAAGUCCAUCAAAUAGGGUUAUAUACACUGGUUCAUCUGCAAAGGGUGAACUGAAUUACGUUGUGAAUCAGGAUUUGCGAAAGAAGAGGCCACUGGAACAAGACAUGCAAGUACAUUGUAAUUUAGGUGUGAAGCAGCAAAAGAUCAGUGAUGACGUGAAGUCUCUUUCACACCAAGCCCAUUUCUUCUCCAGUAGUAAUUUUAGGACUAAGAAACAGGACGAGACCAAUUCUCAUGUAAAUGAUCCACAGAGUUCUGAAUAUGUUGAAGUCCAUCGUCAAAAUGUUCUCACCUACCCAAGUACAUCAUCUAAAACAGAUCAGCAGUCUUUUCCUGCAAUUAUUGAUCUGGAAGAGAAGUGGUAUAUUAGUUCAGAGGGGCUCAAUGAUGCAGGUUGCACAUUUUUUGCUAAUAUCUAUGGCCUUGGGGUUCUUCUUUUUGAGUUGCUGUGCUAUUUUGAAUCAUUGGAGGAGCAUUCAGCUGCGAUGUUGGAUUUGCACCAUCGUAUUCUCCCAUCAAAUUUUCUGAAAGAAAAUCCAAAGGAAGCUGGCUUUUGUCUUUGGCUUCUUCAUCCUGAACCUUUAUCUCGUCCAACAACUAGAGAAAUUCUACAGUCUGACUUAAUAUGCAUAUCACAAGAGUUGCAUUCCUUUGAUGAUAUGUUAAUAUCUGCUGCUGCUGCUGAAGCUGAAUCAGAGCUGUUGCUUCAUUUUCUGGUUUCAUUGAAAGAACAAAAGCAGAAGUGCGCUUCCGAAUUAGUUGAAGAUAUAGGGUGUUUGGAGGAAGAUAUUAAAGAGGUUGAGGGAAAGCACUUGCAAAAGAUAUCCUCUGUGUUUAAUCGGACACACAAGGAAUGUUUUGAUGCCAGAGAACAGGGUUUGUGUUUCAAAGAUUCUAUAACUUCAGCUGCAGUUUCUCAGUCAUUUUCUGUUUCAAGUAGGAAUGAGGCAAGUUUAAUGAGAAAUAUUAAUCAGCUUGAGGAUGCCUACUUUUCUAUGAGAUCCCAAAUUCGGCUCACAGAAACUGACACUACUGCUCGGUAUUUUGAUAAAGACUUGCUUACAAGUAGAGAUAGGUGGUCCGAGUUGCAAAAAGUGAAUGAGUCAAACAUGGCUCAGAAAUCUGAUGAUCACCUUGGGGCAUUUUUCGAAGGUUUAUGCAAGUUCACCCGCUAUAGUAAGUUUAAAGUGUGUGGGACAUUAAGAAAUGGGGAUCUUCUGAAUUCUGCUAAUGUGAUUUGUUCUUUAAAUUUUGACCGCGAUGAGGAGUACAUUGCUGCAGCUGGGGUUUCAAAAAGAAUCAAGAUUUUUGAGUUUAAUUCACUUCUGAGUGGUUCUAUUGAUAUCCAUUAUCCAGCGGUUGAGCUGUCAAACAGAUCUAUGCUUAGCUGUGUUUGCUGGAACAAUUACAUUAAGAACUAUUUGGCUUCAACCGAUUAUGAUGGUGUAGUUCAGAUGUGGGAUGCAAGCACUGGUCAAGGAUUCUCUCAAUAUGCAGAGCACCAGAAGAGGGCUUGGUCUGUUGACUUUUCCCAAGUUGCCCCUACAAGAUUUGCUAGUGGAAGUGAUGACUGUUCUGUGAAAUUGUGGAGCAUUAACGAGAAAAAAUCUGUCGGCACCAUCCAGAACCCUGCCAAUGUUUGCUGUGUUCAGUUCUCUUCUUUCUCUCCUCAUUUGUUGGUUUUUGGAUCUGCUGAUUUUAAGCUCCACUGCUAUGAUAUUCGAAAUACAAGGAUCCCUUGGUGCACUCUAACUGGCCAUGAGAAAGCUGUUAGCUAUGUGAAAAUUUUAGAUUCAGAUACCUUGGUUUCUGCAUCAACAGAUAACACCCUAAAGCUCUGGGAUCUUAGAAAAAGCAGCCCAUCUGGGCUGUCCACUGAUGCUUGCUGCUUAACUUUCAGCGGCCAUACUAAUGAGAAGAAUUUUGUGGGUUUAUCUGUUUUGGAUGGAUACAUAGCAUGUGGAUCAGAAACUAAUGAGGUUUAUAGUUAUUAUAGAUCUCUGCCAAUGCCAAUCACAUCUCAUAAAUUUGGAUCCACUGAUCCUAUUUCCGGACAUGAGACUGGUGAUUAUAAUGGACAGUUUGUUUCAAGUGUUUGCUGGAGACAGAAGUCAAACAUGGUUGUUGCAGCUAACUCAAGUGGAUGUAUAAAAAUAUUGCAGCUGGUGCCAUAAAAGCUGUUUUCUUCUGAUGACCAAGAAUUCGGCUAUACUCUUUUAAUCACAAGUAGUUGCCUCACAUCUUGGCAUUAAAACUGGUCAAAACUGGGAGCUUAUACAUUCAGAAGUCUGAAGAGGAGUUAAUGCUUUGGAUUGGCUUGCACAAGAUUGUAGUAUAGUAUUUCAGCCUUCAAGCUGUUUCACUUAGAAAUUAGUGUUUGUAGCUAGCUGUUCCUGCAAGGUGUUCUUCUCUCUAAAACACCAUUAUGAGACCUUUCUACUCAUCCAAACUGAAUGGAAGUUAGCUACGAGGAACAUCACUUUUGAAAAAUGAAGCUAUGUAGUUGGAUCACCUCGACAAACAGGAGGUCCAAUAAUUGAAGAUCUUGUUACCUUUGAUUCAUUGCCUAGGCUCUAUCAGAAAACUUGACCAUGGAUUGAUUAUGAAGGUGGACUGAAAUUGCAUGCAAUAUCAAGAAUUGUUCAUGAGCACAUGUCCUGCAAAAGAAAGUAGUUUGUCAGGAGAUUGAUGCAGAUCAUUCUCUGUUGCAAUGGUAAAGGACAUUGAGCUAGAAGCUCAAUAGUGCAGGUUUAGCUUUCUGAGGGUGAACAUUUCAUGGAGAAAACAGCUGAAGUAGACCAUCUCAAUAUCUCCUCUGCCAACACCAUGCUUUAGCUGGGCAAAAUAUCUAG